AUGUCAUCUUCGGAGAGCAAGCCAUUAAUACUCCACUUCAAGCUAGCUGGCGGGAAGCCUUUUACCCUCGACAAUAUCGACUCGGAGAUUACUAUAGCUGAAUUGAAGCGUCUAGCUUCUCGGUCUGAACAUUGCUCCAUCCCAGCGGUUCAGAUGAAGAUAUUUUACAAAGGUAAGCAUUUACAAGACGAGGAUACCUUAUCAACCAGGAAAAUUGUGACUGAGAGCACGUUGCUGCUGAUCAAGGGCCCUAAGCCGGCCAAUAGCAACGAUGUUAGCAUGGAGGUACCUCAAGAGGCGUCUACAUCAUCAACAACAGCGGCAUCAUCGAAUGCUGCUCCUGUACCAUGCAAAGGCGGGUGUGGCUUCUUUGGUAACCCUGGCACCAAUAAUUACUGCUCUAAAUGCUGGAAAGAUCUUAAAGAGAAGGAGGAGAAAGAGAAGGAAGAUGCGGAGGAGAAGGCCCGUCUAGAGGCCGAGAAAGUUGAUGAAUUGGUAGAGGCGAGUGAUGACCGGCCAGUGCAGAGUGAUGUUAAUCGGUGCUGGACAUGCGGGAAACGCAUCGGCCUUACCGGUGUUAGAUGUCGAUGCGGUUAUUACUUCUGUUCAACACACAGGUAUGCAGAGGCUCACCAAUGUGACUAUGACUACAAGACCAACGAGCGUCGGAAAUUGGCGAAGGCGAAUCCUGUGGUUAUGGCAGAUAAAUUGGAUGAUAAAGCUUAAGUUUUGAAUGUGUCUGUUCUAUGUCGCCCACAGCUAGAGGUUCUUCAGUUGUUGGCAUUAGUUCUGCCUAGAUAGUAGAAUGUAGGCUCUGUUAAUAUGAACGAAGAAGCAGAUAUAGAAUGCACUUGGCGAUAU